AUGUCUCGUCAAGCAAUUAGCGCUCAGCGCCACAUCCUGCGAGCUCUUGACCAAUGGCCUAAAGACCCCUUACGGCCUCAGGUCCAAUUCCAGGACGUACUUCGUAAGCGAUUCGAACGCCCCUCUGGUCUGUCCGAACAAGACCAGCUGAAGCAAGCCAACGCGCUAUACUCGCUUCUACACAACCGAUAUAAGACAAUGGAGCAAUCCGACAUAUUACGAGGAUCUGAUAAAAGAGCUCGAGGAGGCGCCAACUCGAUCCUACUUAGAUAG